AUGAAGAACGCGGUUAGGACAAGCGUUUUAUCCACCAGAUGGAGAAACCUCUGGUCAGGAGUUUCUGGAUUGGAACUGGAAGCCGGUGAAUUCCAAGAUUACGAUGCCUUGGCGAGUUUUCUCGACAAGUUUAUGGAUUUACACAAGGGUGAGAUCCAUAAACUCUUAUUAGUGGUUGAUGGUGAAGAUGAUGAUGCAUCUUGUUUCAUCUCACGGAUUAAUGCUGUAGUAAACCGUGGAAUUCAACAUCUCGAUCUUACGAUGGGUUAUGGAUUCAUGAUGCCUCGAUCCAUUUGUGCGUGCGAGACAUUGAUGAUAAUCUCAAACUGCCCGGUUCUCGAAGAUUUAACCAUCUCGAGGAGUGUCCCGGAUAAUGUAAAAGUCUUAUGGGUGCGUUCUCAUACUCUAAGGAGCUUUAAACUUGAUUUCGAUGCCAUUGAGUAUGAUGAAGAACUUGAAGUUGUGAUCGAAGGUCCUAGACUCAGGUAUCUGAAAAUCUUCGAUUUCCGUACUGACGUCUUCAAGAUCAGCAGUCUUGAUUCUUCUGCCACUGUCGAUCUUUCUCUAACCUUUAACGAACUGUACGGAGAUAUACCGGUCAUCCAUGGUUUCCUUAAAGGGGAAGCUCUACCAGAAUUCAGAAACUUGUCUCAUGUUUCAGCCACAUUCUCUUACCAUUUGCUGAAAAUGUUGCCUACCCUUCUCGAGAGCUGUCCGAAUCUGAAAUCAUUCGUCCUGAAGGGAAAGGACUCUUGUUCGGAGAAGAAUCAAAUCAGAUUCAAAUCCGUUCCACCACGGUGUUUAGUGACGUCUCUCGAGUCUGUCGAGAUUGAGAUACCGAUAAGUUGGAACGCGGAAAGGCAAUUAGCGAAAUACUUUCUCGGGGAUUCGGAAGUGAUCAAGAAACUUACGAUACGUUGCGGUGAAUCUACGAGCGAGGAGAAAGCCGGUGGCAUACUCAAUGAACUCGCUGCAUUAUCGCCGCCAAGACGUUCGACCACUUGUGAAGUUGUUUUGUUUUGCUGA